UACAACGUUUCCAGCCGAGAGAGACGCUUUGCUCUGCCUCUCGCGCCUGAAUUAAUUUUUUUUCUUUAAAAGGGAAAAUAAUCUCGUAAAAAGCCUACAUAAUGUCUUACGCCCCGAAGUCCAAGGUGCAGAAGGUGAUGGUCCUGCCCAUCAACCUUAUCUUCAGAUUCCUCCAGUCACGCGCCAGAGUGCAGAUCUGGCUCUACGAGAACCAGAACCUCCGCAUCGAAGGCCACAUCAUUGGCUUUGACGAGUACAUGAACGUGAUGCUGGACCAGUCCGAGGAAGUGCACAUGAAGAAGGGCACCAGGAAAGCCAUCGGUCGGAUCUUGUUGAAAGGAGACAACAUAACCUUGAUUCAAAAUACGCAGCCAGAUGGAACGAGCAUGUAGGCGAGAAGAAACCCAUACAAGAAUUUUUAUUUUAUAAUAGAAUAACUAAGUUAUAUUUAAGUUUUUAUUUUACAUCCGAGUUAUGUAUUGAUUCUUUUUCUUAUGUUAUGAUACCUUGAAUGGAUGAUUUUCCCUCUUUUCUUUUCUUUUUUUUAAUUAUAUAUAUUCAGCGCAGAAAUGGAAAACAGUUUUAAUUUGUUCUUAGAAUCCAUGAAUAAUUUUAAAAGGUUAUUCCCUUCUGUAUUGAAGCCCAGCAAGCCAGAUUCACACAGCAUAAAAUUUAGAUCUUUUUUGACUUUUGAAUCGACCAGACUGCCAAGUUGAUAAAAGAUUUCCAUGCAAUGCAAGUCAGAUUUUUAUUGAAGUAACUGAUUGAAUUAUAUUUUGCAUAGGAGUUCAAAGCUUUGUUAUAUUCAGAUGAGUCAUUUUCGUAACUUUUUUGCAUUCAUGUUGAUGGAACCAUUUAAUUUUCUUACAAUUGAAUAAAAGAUGAAGAGAAAUAUUUAUGUUAAAUGUUUCUUGUAAUGCCAGUGAACAUUUUGUAAUUACCCACGUCAACACUGUUUUGUAAUAAAAUGUUAAAAUCUAUAGAU